GGGGGCAGGGAGGCACCUCGUCGGUCGCCGCUGCCUCGCUCCGAUACUCCGAUCCGACAGUCCAUAGCUCCACAGCGACUCGACGAGACGCGCUAGUCGACCCGCGCUGCGGCCGAUCGCGAUCACAACCUCACUCAAGCCGCCUGAAUUCCACAAUCUAAAGUGUUUCAAUUAUAUUUUUAGUGCGUAAACUGUGUAUAGUAUUUUUUUUAAUUGCAAACCGUGACAUCGAAUCAGGCGGGCUGACGUUCGGGUGGGGCGCGUUCUGCUGACACAGUGGCUUAGUCAACCGCCGGUCGCCGAGUGGCAAGCACCAUCGAUUUUCUCCAUACGACUGUUCACUAGUGCUCCCAAAAAUGCAUAUUGAAGUGCAAGUCGCCCUAAACUUCGUCAUAUCUUACUUAUACAAUAAGCUGCCAAGACGGCGAGUCAACAUCUUCGGGGAAGAAUUAGAGAAGGCACUCAAGGACAAAUUCAGGGGUCAUUGGUACCCGGACAGACCGUGCCGGGGCUCUGCGUUCCGAUGCCUGAAAACUGGAGGCCCACUGGAUCCAGUGCUUGAAAGAGCGGCGAGGGAGUCGGGAGUGCCCGUACGUGAUGUACUAGAACACCUGCCCAGGGAUCUGGCUGUCUGGGUUGAUCCAGGUGAAGUAUCAUACCGUAUCGGAGAAAAGGGCGCUGUGAAGGUUUUGUUCAGCAGUGACGAGCGUGCUGCCGAUGAAAGAACCGAUCGGGAGGUAACACGCGCGUUCAACCCUGAGGCCCAAUGCUUCAGGCCAGUGGAGCCUGCUGCGGCGCCGUCACCGCCAGCGCCCGCGGCCUUCUCUCCUGCGCCUCCGUUCCGUGCACAGCCGCUCACCUUCACGACAGCUACAUUUGCACAGACGAAGUUCGGCAGCACCAAGCUCAAAACGAGCAGCAAGCGCGCAAACCGCAUGUCUCCCACCGAAUUCAGCAAUUACAUAAAGCAGCGCGCGAUGCAGCAGCAGCUGGCGGCGCGGUCCAUGUCGCCGGCCCCGGAAGCGGCGUACCUGUCCCGCCGCGAGCCGGCGCCGGGCAGCGCGCCGCCCUACCCUCCGGCGCCGUCGCACCUGCUGCUCGCCAACUGAGGCGCACACCGCGCGACCCGCUCAUAGAGUCUUUACUUUUUUACGAGAGAGACGCGCGCCGCGAUUUAUUUUUUUAUUUUCCGCGGGGGCGUCCCGCGCCGCCCGCCGCUUGUGAUAUCCGUACGAUUUUCCAUAACUUUUUGUAUUCUCGUUCGUUACGUCGAUGUGUAAAUUUAAUCGAUAGGAGCAAUAAUAAUUAGCCGCGCGACUUGCCGGCGAUUUAUUUUCGUAAUAUUUAAAAGCCGAGUCGUUUUUGAUGUCUUCGUUCGAUAUCGAUAUAUUAGUAGUUUAAGAGAGCCAACAGCCGCACGGCCGAGUGCGUUGACGACGUACCUUCUAGAGCGAGCCUGUAUACAUACGUCCUCCGAUCUAAGAAGUAUUAAUAUUUAAUUAUGUAUACAAUAUAUAUUCGUACGAGAUAAAUAUAUAAUUUUUCACGUGAAAACGAAAAGCCAAUAGAGAAAUUGUGUAUUUUAAUAAAAAAAAUAAAAAAAAUCAUACUAUUUUAGCGUAUCGGUAUGGUAUACCUGUGUAUUGUAUUCGUAUGUUGUAAUAUUUGCAUAUCCGGUCGGACGGCGCGGCGGGCCGCCCGAGGGCGUCGGAGAUCUCACAUAGUGUUAUCAUCACUCGUACGAUUGUACCCUUUUUAUAAUAAUUAACAUACAUAACAUAAUAAUAUAGGAUUAGCUACGUUUCAAUCUAACAGUAUUUUUUUAAGAAGAUAUUAGUCCUUGUGUAAAUUUAUUGGUCGACCGCACCGCGGUGGCUGGUCUUAGCGUGUAUCGUAUACUUAAUAUUUAAAUUGUUAUUAAAAGACAUGAAUAAGAAUAAAUCAUAGAAAAAUAUAUCUCAAUUCAUUAAAAUAACGGGUGCAUGCGAUUCAUUGAAAAUUGAAUACUAUGUGUUAUUUAUCUUUUUUAUAUUUCAUUAGCGAUCGGUACAGUUUUUUUAAUGGAGGUCUGUAGUUUAAGCGCUGCUAUAGCGCGGGAAACGGGUAGUCGGAUCAGCUUGUCACUGUGUUGCGAAUACAAAACAGAAAUAAUUGGCAACGGGAAAUUGCUCUAUACGUAUCUCGCAAUUUCACCAAAUAUGUAUUGUAGAUGAAACAAUUCAAUGCACAACAUGGACAAGUUGUACCUAAACGGAAAUGUACAACUAUUUUUACUAUUUUUAUAUUUUGAUUUAGAGUUAAGUCUAGCUGUAUGAGUUCUAUACCUUUAAAGUGUACUUUAUUAAUAUCUUAUUAUUAAAUUACAUGAAAUGUAUUUUCUAUGACAAUCCAUUGAAAAACUGACCGAAAUGCUACAGUAUUUUGUAGAUAAAAUCUAUAAUGUAAGUUUAAUAUUAAUACAAUUUAGUGUAAUGAAAUUUUUUAUUGUAAAAGAUAAUUUUUAUUUUUCUUUCCUUUUGUAAGAUAUAUUCGAUGAAGUGUUAAAGAUAAUAUAAUAUUUGCAUAAUAUAGUAAAAAGCGGCACUCCAUUGCCGGCUAAUAUAAUUAGUCAAUAAUUUUUCAAAUUGUUGUACGACUUUUUAAGUUUAUAUUAAAAUGUUUUGUGCAAUCUA